AUGCCCGCGCCCCCGCCCCCGCGCCUCGACGUCGCCGCGUUCGUCGCCGCGAACGUCACGCCGUGCGACGACGACCUCUCGAAACUCCCCGGCGCGCUCGCGGACGCGACCGAGAAGACAACCAAGCUCUGGUCGCUUUGCCGAGAGCUGCUAACGCAAGAGUUCGACGCUGGCGUGCUCGCGAUAGACGCGACGACGCCGUCGAGCGUGCUGUCGCACGACGCGGGGUACAUCGACGGCGACGGCGUCCUCGACGACGUCGUCCCCGGGCUGCAAACCUCCGCGCCGCUCGUCCGCGGGAUCAAACCCCUCGGCGGUAUGCGCCUCGUGAAGCGCGCGCUCGCGGAGCACGGCGUCGAGCUCGACGCGGACGUCGCCGCGUUCUUCGACCGAGGCUGGCGCCGCACGCACAACGACUGCGUCUUCGACCUGUACACCCAGGAGAUGCGACUGGCGCGGAGGCACCACCUCGUCACCGGGCUCCCGGACGCGUACGGCCGCGGACGCGUCAUCGGCGAUUACCGCAGAGUCGCGCUGUACGGCGUGGACGCGAUCGCGGAGACGAAGCGCGCGGACGCCGCGAGGCUCGCGGAGGAAGCGUCGUCGACCGCCGCCGCCGCCGCCGCCGGCGGCGACGGCGACGUCUCCGCGACGUUUCGUCGGCGCGACGAACUCGCGUUGGAGCUGAAAGCGCUCGAAGCGCUGAAGACGAUGGCGGCGCGGUACGGCGCGGACGUCUCGCGGCCCGCGUCUAACGCGCGCGAGGCGGUGCGAUGGACCUACCUCGCGUUCCUCGCCGCGUGCAAGGAAAACGACGGCGCGGCGAUCUCGUUGGGUCGGCUGGACGCGUUUUUCGACGUGUACAUCGAGCGGGACCUCCGCGGAGGCGUCAUGGACGAGUCCGACGCGCAGGAGCUGAUCGAUCACUUCGUGAUCAAGCUGCGAUUGAUCCGACAGCUUAGACCGAAGGCGUACGACGAGAUCUUCGCGGGGGAUCCGGUGUGGGCGACGUGCGCGAUCGCGGGCGAGUCCAGUCGCGGCGGCGGCGGAGGCGGCGCCGCCGCCGCCGCCGAAUCGCGGCACCUCGUGACCAAAACCUCCUGGCGGUUCAUGCGCUCGCUCGCCAACCUCGGCGCCGCGCCGGAACCGAACAUGACCGUGCUGUGGUCCCCGACCCUCCCCUCCGGGUUCAAGCGCCAGUGCGCGCGUACGUCCAUCGACACGAGCAGCGUGCAGUACAUCAACGACGGCUUACUCCGGCGCGCGUUUAAAUCUGACGACGUCGCGAUCGCGUGUUGCGUCAGCGGGACGCGCCUCGGCGUCGACGCGCAGUUCUUCGGCGCGCGGUGCAAUCUCGCGAAGCUCCUGCUGCUCGCGCUGAACGGCGGGCUCGAGGAGCUGAGCGGCGCGCGCGUCGCCCCCGCGUCGAUCGAGGCGUCGCUCGGCGGUGGGAUCGCGCCAAACGUCCCGUUGCGCUACGACGACGUGAGACGGCGACUCGACGCGUACAUGGACUGGCUCGCGACGCUCUACCGCGACGUCAUGGCGCUCAUACACUGGAGCCACGACCGGUACUGCUACGAGGCGGCGAUCUUUUCGCUGAUCGACACGGACCGGCACUAUUACAUGGCUUACGGCGUCGCCGGGCUGAGCGUCGUCGUGGACAGCCUCAGCGCGAUCAAACACGCGAAGGUGACCCCGAUGCUGGACGCCGAAACCGGGUUGAUCGCGAGCUUUGAAACCGAAGGGACUUUCCCCGCGUACGGCAACGACGACGACGCCGUGGACGCCAUCGCCGUGGACGUGGUGACGUCGUUCAUGAACAAGCUGAGAGCGCUGUCGCAGUACCGCGACGCGGAGCCGACGCUCUCGGUGCUGACGAUCACGUCGAACGUGAUGUACGGGAAACACACCGGCGCGACGCCGGACGGGCGACCCGCGGGCGCGCCGUUCGCCCCCGGCGCGAACCCGAUGCACGGCCGCGACGCCAGCGGCGCCUUAUCCUCGCUCAACUCCGUCGCGAAAGUGCCCUACGCGCACUGCAAGGACGGGAUCAGCAACACGUUCAGCAUCCCGGGGCCGAGCCUAGGAAAGACCCCGGACGCGCGCGUCGAUAACCUCGCCGCUCUGCUCGACGGAUACUUUGAUCGCGGCGCGCAGCACCUGAACGUCAACGUGCUGAGCCGCGAGACGCUGAUCGACGCGAUGAACGACCCGAUGAAGUAUCCCAACUUGACCGUGCGGGUGUCCGGGUACGCGGUAAAUUUUAACCGGCUGAGUCGCGAGCAUCAGGAGGAGGUCAUCGCGCGGACGUUCCACGCGUUCACGUGA